AUGAGUGUGUCUUAAUAGGUUGCAGAUAAACUUAAAAGACAAGCCCUAGAUUUCUAAGUACUUAUGGAUUCUUUUCAAAAGAGGUUUCAAUAAGAUCAAAAUAAUCAAUUUUAUAUUUUAAGCGUGAAAUGGCUAAAUUUAUGGAAGGAAUAUGUUUCAUAUGAAGAAUUAUUGGCAAACAAGAACCCAAGCAGAAACUUUGGAAAACUAAAUAUGGAUCUAAUAAACUUAGAUUUAGAGGAUAAAGUUGAAAGGUGCCUUAAAUAUUAUCCAAUAAAUACCCAUCCUUGGAAUACAUUCAUGAAAGAGAAUCUCUAAGAAAACAUUGAUUAUAUUAUAGUAGAUAAGGACAUUUGGUAAUUCUUCACAACAUAUUAUCAUGGCACACCAAUUGUGAGAAUGUCAAAUGGAACAGGAAUAGAGAAAACAGUCGCUGUAAAUCUAUUAAAAUUUAAAAGUACUUUGCUUUACCCUUCAGUAAUCAGGCAGAUUGCUAUGGAUAGGGUUCAGAAAUAAACAUUUGAGAAAUUGAAUUUACAAGUCGAUCGAAGUAUGAAACUGAAAGACUACUACAAUUUACUCCAAAAGACUGUUCCCACAUUCACAGGUAACUUCGCAAAAGAUGACAACGUCAGAAUAUGGAGAUAUCAUUCAGAUUAGAAGGAUAUUCAGAAAGCAUUAUUUGCAGAUAUUCAAAAGCAAGUAGCCAGUUUGGAGAUGAAUGAUGAAAUGAGUUUUGAUUUCAAUGGCGAUUAUAUCCAUUAUUCAAUAUACGAAACUAUUGAAGAUGUAGGCAUCCUAGAUAAUCAUUUGAUUAUUAUAGAAUUUAAAGAUGAGAUUAAACCUUGGUGUAUUCGUAAUAAAGCAGUUUAGGUAGAAGGAAAGUGUGAGAAUUGUUAAAUACUCAAAAUUCUAAAUCACCCAUGGUGUAAUGCAAAAGCUAAAGAUUACAACAACCACAGUAUGAGAUGCGAGAAAUUUGGAUCUGAUGAUGACACUAUCAAAGGUUUGACUUAACAGCCAAACUCUAUUGCAGGAUUGGCUGGUUUGAGUAAUUUAGGAAAUACUUGUUUUAUGAAUAGUGGAACGCAAUGUAUAUCGAACACUGUCCCAUUAACGGAGUACUUUUUGAGUAAUUAAUAUUUUGAUGAAAUUAAUAUGGAUAAUCCUAUAGGAACUAAGGGUUAAUUAGUCAAAAGGGUGGGAUCUCUAUUAAAAAAGUUAUGGUAUGGAGAAAAGUCAGUUGUAACACCAACCAAUUAUAAAAAAGCUGUGGGCUAAUUUUAACCUAUGUUCAAAGGAUACCAUUAACAUGAUUCAUCUGAAUUGAUCACUUUUGUUUUGGAUGGCAUUCAUGAGGAUUUGAAUAGAGUGAAAAAGAAACCAUAUGUUGAAACAAAGGAUAGUGAUGGAAGAACAGAUUUUGUUGUUGCCAAGGAAAGUUGGAUAAAUCAUUUGGCCAGAAAUUAAUCUAUCAUUGUUGAUUUGAUGUAUGGAUAAUACAAAUCUACUUUAAAAUGUCCAAAAUGCGCUAGGUUGUCUAUCACAUUUGAUCCUUACUUGAUGGUGUAAUUGGGAAUUCCAAGUUAGAAGAAAAGAACGAUUUCUUUUAAAUAUUUUGAUUCCUUCUUCAAUUCAACUUUUAAGGUUAUUCCAUUUGAUAAAAACAAGAAUUUAACUUUGAAGGAAUAUUAUCAAGUUUUAGGAGAGGAAUUGAAUGAUAAACCAUAAAACUUAUUUGCUUAUAUAGCUAAUUAAUACACUUCUUUUGAACUAUUAAAGGAAAGUAGAUCCAUAGUUGAAAUUAGAAAGAGCGCAAAAAGAUAAUAGUUGUGUUUUAGGACUCUAUCAGAUUAAGAAGCUUAAAUAUAAAAUAAACUUCCUAUUUAAUUUUAAAAUAAAUAUUAAGACUUUUAAAAGAAUUCAUAUUUUUAGAAUGGAGUCUUUAUAUUUGAUGGAUCCAAUACAAGAAAAUAAAUGCAUCUCCAAAUAUUCAAACAUUUGAAACCACUUUUUACUGAUCAUCAAGAUUUAGAUUACGAAACUAAUGUAUUAAAUAAAUACUACAGUCUUUUAUACAAAUCUAACAGCAAUUAUUGGAAUCCCUGUUCUUAUUGUUCCGUUAAGAAUUGCAAUGAUUGCGAAGUGAAAUUUGAUGAUGAACCACUAGAAGAAAUCAAGAAAAAAGUGGUUACUUCUGAUUCUUAAGGUCUUUUUGAAAUUAUUAUAUUAUGGAAAGAAAGCCCUUAUAAAAAUGUCAAACUAGGCGAUAUUUUUGAUCAUUAUCGAAGCUAGAAUAAAUUUCAAAUUGAAUAACCAUAAUAAUAAACAACUCCAUUCCAAAACCAUGGUCAUUCUAAUUAACAUUCUGGUAGUGUUUCUUUAGCAGAUUGCUUGUCAUUCUCUCAAUAACCAGAAUAAUUGAAUUCUGAAAACACUUGGUUUUGUAAAGUCUGUCAAGAACAUGUCUAAGCUUAUAAAAGUAUGCAAAUAUACAAGGCUCCAUAAAUAUUAAUAUUCACUUUGAAACGAUUUAAGGCUUCCAAUAGAAUGUUCAAAUAAAAGCUUGAAACCUUUGUGGACUUCCCAAUUAAUGGACUUGAUAUGACUGAUUAUUUAAUCAAUUCAAAGACACCUUAGGAAUAUGAAAAUGAAACUGAAGAUGACAAUGGAGAAAAUAAUAAAUAAAGAGUUAUUUAUGAUUUGUAUGCUGUAUCAAAUCAUUUUGGAGGUCUUGGAGGUGGUCAUUAUACUGCUUGUGCUAAAAAUAAAUAUACGAAAAAAUGGUAUAAUUUUGAUGACUCUCAUGUUGGAGAAAUAAGUGAAUAAUAAGUUAUUACAAAAUCAGCUUACGUUCUUUGUUACUAAUUAAGAACCGAUGAAUCAAAGAAUUCUUAAGGACAAACCAUCUAAUAAGAAUGA